AUGCCUAUGCCCUCCCCGCUCGGUCGGCUCCUCCAGGGGCCCUUUGGUUCUCUUGCUUCGAGCGUUUCAUCUGAGAGAAUCCGCCCGUUACUAACGGUCAGUCUUUUAGUCGCAAACAUGCUCAAUAAGCUGUCUGGACAGCCAGAGAGCUACGAGAAGAAGGCUCUCUACAGAUUCGGGCGCACGCUCGGUGCGGGCACAUACGGGAUUGUUCGCGAGGCAGAUACCGCCGACGGACAGAAGGUCGCAGUCAAAAUCAUUCUCAAGAAAAAUGUCCGUGGCAACGAGAGCAUGGUUCAUGAUGAGCUUGAGAUGCUCCAAUCACUCCAACAUCCCCACAUCGUCUCGUUUGUCGACUGGUUCGAAUCCAAGGACAAAUUCUACAUCGUCACACAGUUGGCCACAGGUGGCGAGUUGUUCGACCGGAUUUGCGAAUACGGCAAGUUCACUGAGAAGGAUGCCUCGCAGACCAUCCGCCAAGUGCUCGAUGCUGUGAACUAUCUGCACAAGCGCAACAUCGUUCACCGAGACUUGAAACCCGAGAACUUGCUUUAUCUCACUCGCUCUGCCGACUCUCAAUUGGUCUUGGCAGAUUUCGGUAUUGCGAAAAUGUUGCACAGCCCCUCUGAAGUGCUGACCAGUAUGGCCGGCUCAUUCGGCUAUGCUGCCCCUGAGGUCAUGCUCAAGCAGGGCCACGGCAAGGCCGUUGAUAUGUGGUCUCUCGGUGUCAUUACCUAUACCCUUCUAUGUGGAUACUCUCCCUUCCGAUCCGAGAACCUGACCGACCUCAUUGAAGAAUGCCGGACAGGACGUAUUAUCUUCCAUGAGCGAUAUUGGCGCGAUGUGUCUCAGGACGCCAAGGAUUUCAUUCUCUCUCUCCUCAAUGCCGACCCCAGCAAGCGACCUUCCUCCGAUGAAGCUCUCAAGCACCAGUGGCUGACUGGAGAAACCGCGAGCGAUCGCGAUUUGCUACCCGAGAUCCGUACCUACAUUGCGCGCGCCCGUCUCCGCCGUGGAAUCGAGAUCGUCAAGCUUGCCAACCGCAUCGAGUCCCUCAAGAUGCACGAGGACGACGAUGGGGAAGAUAUCCCCAGUCCCAUGGACAUGGGCUCCGCAGAGCCGGGUGCGGCGGCAGCAUCAGAGUCACCUGCGGAUGCCAGCUCCGCCCCUACCUCUGCCCCUGCCCCCACCCCUGGCCACGCAAAGAAGAAGAGCCUGGCUAGCGCUGCGCGCGGUGCCAUUUUCCGUGAAGUUGUUCUGGCCAAGGUGCGCGAGCAGAAGGAUAACGAAGAGCGAGAGAAGAUUGAACGCGAGGCCCGCGAGAAGGCUGCUUCUGCGUAA